CAUCACAUCGCAUGUCGGCAUCGGCAUUGGCAAUUGGCAUUGUUCAGUGUUCAGUUUGAGUUUGAGAAACGUCUUUACUUUAGUCUUUGCUAUUUGCUAUUAUAGUAACUUUUUUCAAUUGUGUUUGUGUAAUUACUGUUGUUUCAAGAUGAAAAAAAAUGGGGGCGAGCGCGAGACUAGUGAAAAUAGAAAAAGUCAACGAGGCAGGAAGGGUCAUAAAAACUGGGGAAAACGUGAUGAUGACCAAGUUCCUAAUUUUCCAGGGAAUGAAAAGACGAGGGAACGUAAUCGUGGUUUUGAUCCUAGACCUGAAUGUGGCCGUGGUCGUGGAGGGGGUCGUGGUCAUUAUCGUGUCCCUGGUAAUAACGAUAACGAUGAUAAUGAUCGUGGCUUUUUCCCAGGGAAGAAAGAAAAUAACGAAUCAAAUAGAACGCGUAAACCUCAUCAGAUGGGAUUCAAAGCACUGGAAGAAUUGAUUGAUAAUGACAACAUAGAAGAAAUUAUUUUAGAUCUUAAUGACGGCAAGAAAGGUUUUAAAACAUUACUGGGUAGCACAUUAUCGACAGAUAUGAUUGUACUGGUUGUAAAACUGUUAGCUAAAAUAUGUGAUUCUGCUUUUAAUGCUUCGAAGACUUCAAUACUGCAAUUUGCAAUCGAAAGUGACUUUUCCAAACAAGUGACCUCUUUCGUAACUGGCUUGGCUAUUCAGGAUUCAAAAGAUAAAAUGCAUAAUAAGUACUUUUGGAAGGAUAUUGAUGAUUUUUGGAAUAAUAUAAUCAAAAUAUCGGAACAUUAUAAUGAUUUAUUGCCUUCCAGUUCUUGCGAUUUUACAGUAAAACUCCUAAAAUCGGUUAAAUUCAAUAUCCCUCCUAUAGAAGAAAUUCAUUCAAUACAUAUUUCUGAUGGAAUCAAGAAUAAAGUUGAUAGUAUACUGGAAGUGACUGAAACCAAACAGAAAGAAUUAGAUGCAAAGAAACGUAUCAAAAAAGAGCCAAAUUUCAACUUGGCGCUUCAAGAACCACCGGACGACUUUCGAGAAAUAAGUGUUUAUCCAUCGACUGUAGAAAUUACCACAGAAAAGUCUCCAUUUCUGAGACCGAAUAUUGUCAAAGGCCCUUAUCCAGAUGUUAAUACUUACUUAGAUAUACAAUAUCGCUUAUUAAGAGAAGAUUUUGUAAUGCCUCUAAGAAAAGGAAUAUGUGGGUACAUCAAUAACCCAAGAGAUAAACAACAAGAUAUCAAAGUGUACGAAGGUGUCAAGUUUCUCAAAGCGGAGUCUAUAAACGAUCAAAAUUGUCAGAGAAUCCAAUUCGAUUUCUCUAAGAAGAACAAAAAGUUUGAGUUCGAGAAUUCCAAAAGAUUUAUGUUUGGUUCCUUGUUAUGUUUCACAGAUGAUAGGUUUAAAACACUACUUUUUGGAAAAAUUGUAGACCGAAAGGAAGAAUUGCUCAAAAAUGGUCAGCUCAUCGUUGGAUUUAAUUCAGAUAUGGAGUUACCUGCAGGUCUUUAUCACAAAUCUUUUUUAUUGGUAGAGAGCAAAGUAUAUUUUGAACCUUAUUAUCAAGUUCUUACUGUUUUAAAAAAUAUGACAAUUGAACAUUUUCCAAUGGAAAGAUAUAUCAUACAAGUGCGUACAGACACAAAACCUCCCCGUUAUCUCUCGAAUAUAGAUCACAUUUUUACAUUUUCACAACCUUAUGGAUUGAAUGAAGCCCAAGAUAAAGCAUUUCAAUCUGCGCUAACCAGGGAAUUCGCAAUCAUACAAGGACCUCCAGGAACGGGUAAAACCUUUCUGGCUUUAAACAUUGCUAGAACAAUGCUAGAAAAUAACGAAGCAUGGUAUAACGACUCUCCCAUGUUAAUAGUUUGUUUUACAAAUCAUGCUUUGGAUCAGUUCUUGGAAGGAUUGCUGGAAACAACAGAUGAGAUCAUUCGUGUAGGUGGACAAUCAAAAAAUGAAAAAUUAAAUGAUUACAAUCUUCGGAAUAUAAAAAGAGUUCUAGAUUCUCCAAAUAGAGCUAUCUCUGAAAGACAGUUGGUAGUUAGGAAGAUUAAGCGAGAUAUCGAAUCAAUAAAUAACUAUCUAAAGAUAAUCGCAAAGUAUGACACUGUCGUCGAUUUUGGUACAUUUUCAGGUGUGGUACCAGAAUAUGCGACAUCUUGGUUUGCAACAGCCGAAAAUGAUCAUAUUAUUAACUGGUUAUUUGGAGGCCAUAAUAGAAAAUUUGGAAAAAGACGAGUAAAUAAUGUUCAAAAUAAUCAGAAUAUUAUAAAGAACGUUGAAGAUAAUCCUCUAAAAAACGAAGAAAAUGAAAAUAAUGACAGGGAACGCAAUGAACUUGUAGACGACAUUUUUAAAAACUUAGAAGUAAAAUAUUUACGUACGCUUGUCAGCAUAGAAAAGCUGUCCACACAAAUGAUAUUGAUCGGUAGAGAGGUCCAUAAUUUAAUGGCAACAGAUGGUUUUAGUGAAUGUGAAAAGGAAAUGCGGAAAGCCGAAUAUGAUAUGAAACUAUAUGCAAUAGAAAAUCAAUUGGAGUAUUUGAAGUUUCGAUUACAAGAAGCUCAGGCACAGAAAUUAGGCCCACCAGAUUACAUUAAUUUGGAAAAUCCUCAUUGGAUGUCUGCUGAUGAUAGAUGGAAAUUAUAUUUCCAAUGGAUUUAUGUUUAUGAAAGACAUUUGCUUAACAAAAAAGCUUUGCUGAGUACUAGGUUCAGAGAAGAGUACGCUGUGUAUACAGAAAUGCGUGACAUAGAAGAUACCAACGUUAUGAAAGAAGCUUUAGUUGUCGGAAUGACAACAACGGGUGCAGCUCGUCUUAAUACUUCAUUAAAAGCUCUAAGAAGUCCAAUAGUGAUAGUAGAAGAAGCUGCCGAAGUGUUAGAAUCCCAUAUAAUAACUGCUCUUACACCACAUUGUCAACAUUUAAUUUUAAUAGGUGAUCAUCAGCAGUUAAAACCUAGUACAGCUAGUUAUCAUAUAGAAACAAAGUAUAAAUUAAAUAUAAGUCUUUUCCAAAGAAUGGUUGACAAUAACGUGGAAUGUCAUACAUUGAAUAUACAGCAUAGAAUGAGACCCGAAAUUGCCAAUUUGAUUAGACCUGCCAUUUAUCCAGUUCUACAUGAUCACGAAUCGGUACGUGAUAGACCAAAAAUUAUAGGAAUUGAACAUACACUAUUUUUUAUUGAUCACGAACACGCAGAAACCUCGUGUAAUGAUAACAGCAAGAAAAAUGUACACGAAUCUCAAUUUUUAAUGCAUUUGGCAAAGCAUUUGGUCUUAAAUGGUUAUGAGGCGGAGAAUAUUGUUAUUUUAGCUGCUUACUUGGGACAAAUGCUUGAAAUGCAACGUGAACGCAGAAUUCAUAGUGAUUUAUUAGAAAAUGUUAGAAUUGCUGUUUUGGAUAAUUAUCAAGGAGAAGAAAGCGACAUUGUGCUACUAUCAUUGGUAAGAAGUAAUAAAGAAAACAAAAUUGGAUUUUUAAGGACAGAAAACAGAGUCUGCGUGGCUUUAUCUAGAGCCAGAAAUGGAUUUUACAUAAUGGGAAAUAUGAUACAGUUGCGUGAAAAUAGUGAGAUCUGGCCUCAGGUAGAAGACACUCUUAAAAAUCAAGAUGCAAUUGGUCCUUAUUUAACGCUUCGGUGUCAAGUUCACCGGGAUCAAAUUACUAAAGUCAAAUCUGGGAAAGAUUUUUUGAAAAUACCAGAAGGCGGUUGUACAUUGAAAUGUGAGGCUCAAUUAAAAUGUGGCCACUAUUGUACAAGCAUAUGUCACGUUUUAGAUAGAGAUCAUGAGAUAUAUCAGUGCAGACAACCAUGUGCAAGUGUUCUUUGUGAUGAUAUGGCGCACAUAUGCCAAAAAUAUUGUUAUGAAGAAUGUGGUCCAUGCAACUAUCCUGUUCGGCGAGAGCUUAAAUGUGGUCACGUAGCCACCAUGGAAUGUCACAUGGAUCCUGAUAUAUACAAGUGCAAUACUUUGGUUACGACCAAACUUGCAUGUGGCCAUAACGCAGAAAAGCCUUGUCAUAUUGAGCCAGACAAAUUUCCAUGUCAAAUUCCAUGUGAUGUUAGCGUUAAACCAUGUGGACAUGCCUGUAUUAGAAAGUGUCAUGUUAACGAUGAUCCUUAUCAUCUACAGUAUCAAUGUAGAAAACCCUGCGAACGAGAAGUCCAAGGAUGUACAAGUACGGAAGAACGUCAUAAAUGUAACAAAGCCUGCUUUGAGAAAUGCUUACUGUGUGAGAUCAUAGUUGAAAAAAGGCGUGCCAAAUGUUCCCAUCUGCUCAACGUAGCAUGUUCUUUGGAUCCUGACACAAUAAUUUGCGAAAAGCCUUGUGAGAAGAAACUACCGUGCGGUCAUAUUUGUGAGAAAAAAUGUGGGGAACCUUGUGGAAAUUGUAGAGAGUUGGUAAAAAAAUCCGUACCAGACUGCAAUCACGUUAUAAAAAUUGAAUGUAGAAAUAAAGCUGAGAGAAAAUACUGUAUAUUUCGUAAAUGUCCCCGUAUAUUACCAUGCGGUCAUCAAUGUAAGAAAAAAUGUAACGAAACCUGUAUAACAAGGUGUGAAGAAUUGGUUAGUUGCAACAUACCAAGCCCAUGUGGACAUAUAAUCAAGGAAAUUCAAUGUUAUCAAAAAGAAAGUGAUGAUCCGAAGAUAUUGCUAGCUCAAUGUUCAGAGCCCUGUAACUUUACACUUCAGUGUAAACACACUUGUAGUGGUAUAUGUAGGCAAUGUUUUCAAGGACGAUUUCAUCAAAAAUGUGCUAAAAAAUGUGGAGUCCCAUUGGUUUGUAAUCACGAAUGUACUAUACCCUGCGGAGGAACUUGCCAACCGUGCCAAAAACCGUGUAGUUACCGGUGUACACAUGGUAUAUGUAAAAAACGAUGUGGAGAACCAUGUACAAAUUGCAAAGAAGCUUGUGUUAGAAAAUGCGACCAUCAAGAAUGUAAGCGAUGUUGUGGAGAUAUAUGUAACGUGCCACCAUGUUAUGAACCAUGUCCAAAGAAAAUCCGAGGAUGUGGUCACCUAUGCAUAGGCUUUUGUGGAGAUCCUUGUCCAUCUUUAUGUAGAAUUUGUAAUGGUGAAGAAUUGACCGAAUGUUUCUUCGAAACAAAAAAUGAAGAAGAUGCCCGCUUUGUCUUGUUAGUUGAUUGCGGGCAUAUUUUAGAGUCAUCUGGUAUGGAACAGUGGCUGGAAAGUGAUGAUAAUCAAAUUAAUCCAAAAGUAUGCCCCAAAUGUAAAACAGGGAUAAAAUUAACGCAACGGUAUAAUGAAUAUGUAAAAGGAAACCUGACGGAUUUACAGAAUGUUAAAACGAAGUUUUACGGGACAGAAAAGGAAAAUAGAAAAGUUAAAGCAAAAUUGCAAUCAGAAUUACAGCUACUUAUGCAGGAGUUCCGCAUUUUUGGUAUAGGUAUAUUUAUCUUAGCAGAUUUACGUAAAUUAUAUUCUCGUUUAAACGAUGGUAUAAAUACCCGCCGUCUGCACAUCAACAAAGUGGGACUUGCUGCAAUUAGAGCAAAAGUGGAUAUAUUUAAACUAUUAUUAGAGCCACUAAAGAAUUACAAAGUAAAAUUACAAGAUGCAUCAAUGUCAAUGAUUCAAUUCAAAUUUAUAUCAAACUAUCUGAUGGAACAUAUUGACUCAAUAAGUAAACAACAAUAUGACGACAUAAUGUUAGAGAUUGAUCGAUUCUAUAAACGGCUACAAUUUGAGAACAUAAAAUAUCAACCGUAUUUAAUUAAACCAGAAGUCAAACGUAUGGUUGAAGCAGUAACACAACUUUUGGAUAGUCCCCAGCGAUUUACUAAGUCUAGAAACGAUAUUGUUAAAAUACAUUUAGAAGAUCUAAAAAAAGUAACUGCUUCAAACAUUGCUUUAACUGACGCCGAAAGGAAAGAAAUUGUAAAAGCGAUGGGCUUUACACAAGGCCAUUGGUAUAAAUGCCCCAAUGGACAUCCACAUAGUAUUGCAGAUUGCAGCGGAGCAGUGGUUACGUCAAUUUGCAAUGAAUGUAAGGAACAAAUUAGAGGCUCUUCACAUGGAUUCUUAUCAACGAAUCGAGUAGCAACAGAAAUCGAUGGAGCGAGAUAUGAAGCUUAGACAGAACAAGCAAAAAUGGAUAAUUAUAUUUUAAAUUAAGGUAUUUUGGACACUAUAACAUAACCAUAACCGCGAAGAAAUAUGUUAGGUACUACGAUUGUUUCAAAUAAAAAUAUUAAGUAUUGUUACUUUAGAUUUAUGUUUAGUUUGUAUUUUGAUUUAUAAAAAAUAAAGUAUUUUUUAUGUC